AAGGGCCACAGAGAUGAUUAAGGGUGUCUGACGUGUGAGGCAAGGCUGAGAGAGCUGGGACUCUUCAGCCUGGAGAAGGGGAAGAUGUCCUGUAACAUGGCGGGUGAAGAGGACCUCUUUUUGGAAGAAAAAAGAUUCAAACAGUACUGUGAAGAAUUUAUUAAACAUUCACAGCAGAUAGGAGAUGGUUGGGAGUGGAGAACUAGCAAGGACCUUGGUGAUGGUUAUCUUAGUAAAACACAGUUCCAAGUAAGAAGCCCUUGUUCUCCGCCCCACUCAUCUUUGUGGACUUGCCUACCCUUUGAGGAAAGUAUCAGAUUAUCUUUGGAUGAUAUUCAAGAAGCUGGAGUUUGUGCGACAGAAGAAGUGAUUCGCUAUGAAUAUCAUGUCUUGUACUCCAGCAGCUACCAAGUACCUGUGCUUUAUUUUAGGGCAUGCUUUUUAGAUGGAAGACCUUUAACUCUGGAUGAAAUAUGGAAAAGUGUUCAUGCAUGCUACCAGACUCGUCUGCUGGAGGGGCCCUGGGACACUAUUACACAGCAGGAGCACCCCUUACUUGGGCAGCCAUUUUUUGUUCUGCACCCCUGCCGGACUAGUGAAUUCAUGUCUUCAAUACUGACCAGUUCACGGAAACACGACAGACACACAAAUUACAUUAUAUUGUGGCUCAGUACUGUAGGCCCAGUUGUGGGUCUAAAUCUGCCCCUGAGUUAUGCAAAACUAGCACCUGAGCAGAAUACAAAUGCUGAUUGA